AUCGUCUCGCCCAACUGAAUUUGCGCAAUGGCUGAAGCUGUGACCGAGUGCAACAUCAAAGUGCUGUGUCGCUUUCGCCCUCUGAAUCAAUCGGAGAUCCUGCGUGGAGACCAGUUCAUCCCCAAAUUCCUAGCAGACGACACCGUCAGCGUUGGGGGCAAGUCCUACGCCUUCGAUCGGGUGUUCCCCACCAACACCACCCAGGAGCAGGUGUACAACACCUGUGCCAAGCAGAUCGUCAAAGAUGUGCUCGGUGGAUACAAUGGCACUAUCUUUGCUUAUGGGCAAACCGCCUCCGGGAAGACCCACACCAUGGAGGGUAAACUGCAUGACCCUCAUCAGAUGGGUAUCAUCCCUCGCAUCGCCGAAGAUAUCUUCAACCAUAUCUUCGCCAUGGACGAGAACCUGGAGUUCCACAUCAAGGUCUCUUACUUUGAAAUCUACAUGGAUAAGAUCCGUGAUCUCCUGGAUGUGACGAAGACCAACCUCGCUGUGCAUGAGGAUAAGAAUAGGGUCCCCUUCGUCAAGGGAUGCACUGAGCGAUUUGUGUCCAGCCCUGAUGAGGUCAUGGAUGUGAUUGAUGAGGGAAAAUCCAAUCGCCAUGUGGCUGUGACCAACAUGAACGAGCACAGCUCCAGGAGCCACAGCAUCUUCCUGAUCAACAUCAAGCAGGAGCACGUGGAGACGGAGCAGAAGCUGUGCGGGAAGCUCUACCUGGUGGAUCUGGCUGGCAGCGAGAAGGUCAGUAAGACGGGGGCAGCAGGAGCGGUGCUGGACGAGGCCAAGAACAUCAACAAGUCUCUGUCUGCGCUGGGGAACGUCAUCUCCGCCCUGGCCGAGGGAACGAAAACCCACGUGCCGUACCGGGACAGCAAGAUGACCCGCAUCCUGCAGGACUCUCUGGGCGGGAACUGCAGGACCACCAUGUUCAUCUGCUGCUCCCCGUCAUCCUACAACGACGCCGAGACCAAGUCCACCCUGAUGUUCGGCCAACGUGCCAAGACCAUCAGGAACACGGCCUCCAUCAACCUUGAGCUGACGGCGGAGCAGUGGAAGCGGAAGUACGAGAAGGAGAAGGAGAAGAACAAGACCAUGAAGGAGACUCUCCAGAGGCUGGAGGCUGAACUCAACCGCUGGAGGAACGGGGAGAACGUGCCCGAGACGGAGCGCACCACAGCGGACGUGGUGACCCGUCUGGAGGCAGUGGAGGAGCGCACCACGCCCACGGCCAUCCUGGACAACGACACAUCCUCCAUCGUGGUGCGCAUCUCAGAGGAGGAGCGGCAGAAGUACGAGGAGGAGAUCCGCAAGCUGUACAAGCAGCUGGACGACAAGGAUGACGAGAUCAACCUUCAGUGCCAGUUGGUGGAGAAACUCAAGGAACAGAUGAUGGACCAGGAUGAGCUGCUGGCCUCCUCCCGUGGCGAUGGGGACAAGGUGCAGAUGGAGCUGGGCCGGCUUCAGGUGGAGAGCGACUGCGCCAAGGCGGAGGUGAAGGAGGUGCUGCAGGCCCUUGAGGAGCUGGCCAUCAACUAUGACCAGAAGAGCCAGGAGGUGGAGGAGAAGGGCCUGCAGAACCAGCUGCUGGCCGACCAACUUGCCCAGAAGAUGGCCAGCCUGAUGGAGCUGGAGGCGGAGCUAUCCCACAUGCAGGAAGUGAGUGGUCAACAGAGAAAGCGCAUCGCCGACGUCCUGAACGGCCUCAUGAGGGACCUGAGCGAGUUCAGCGCCAUCGUAGGCAACGGGGAGAUCAAACUGCCGGUGGAGAUCAGCGGGGCCAUCGAGGAGGAGUUCACCGUGGCCCGGCUGUACAUCAGCAAGAUCAAGUCGGAGGUGAAGAGCAUGGUGAAGAGGUGCCGGCAGCUGGAGAACAUGCAGCUGGAGUGCCACCGCAAGAUGGAGGAGACCGGCCGCGAGCUGUCCUCCUGCCAGCUGCUCAUCUCCCAGCAUGAGGCUAAGAUCCGCUCCCUGACGGAGUACAUGCAGAGCGUGGAGCAGAAGAAGAGGCUGCUGGAGGAGAGCCACGACUCCCUGAGCGAGGAGCUGGCCAAGCUGCAGGACCAGGAUAACUCAAUGGCGGAGGAGAAGGAGGGAGAGAAGGGCGAGACAGAGGAGGGUAACGUCAAGAAGCCUCCCCGCCAGCAGGGGGACUCUCACCGCGGGGUCCACCACAAGCAGCUGGCCCGCCUGCGGGAUGAGAUCAACGAGAAGCAGAGGAUCAUCGACGAGCUCACUGAUCGUAACUCCAAGAUGGAGAUCGAGCUGGCCCAGAUCCGCUCUGACUUUGAGCGUCUGAAGAGCCAGGACAACACCAAGAGCGAGCGGCUGGAAGAGCUCUCAUUCCUGCAUGAGCGUCAUGAGCAAACCAAACAAGACUUGAAGGGUCUGGAGGAGACUGUCGCCCGCGAACUCCAGACCCUUCACAACCUACGCAAGCUGUUUGUACAGGAUUUGACGUCGCGGGUUAAAGAGUAUUCCGAAAUGGAACCGGAUGAUAGUGGGGGGUCUUGCACCCAGAAGCAGAAGAUUUCCUUUCUUGAAAAUAACCUGGACCAACUUACAAAAGUUCACAAACAGCUGGUACGUGACAAUGCAGAUCUGCGUUGUGAGCUUCCAAAACUGGAGAAGCGUCUUCGGUCUACUGCUGAGAGAGUUAAGGCCCUGGAGACAGCACUGAGGGACGCCAAGGAGGGCGCCAUGAUCGACCGCCGCCGCUACCAGCAGGAGGUGGACCGCAUCAAGGAUGCCAUGCGGGCCAAGAACGCCCUCAGGCGCCCCCAUGCUGCACAGAUCGCCAAGCCGGUCCGGCCGAAGCAGCUUCCCGUCUGCUCGCCCACCAACCCCUUCUACACGUACGUGCGCGCUAACGAGCACGGCAACGCCUACAGCAACGCCCUCUUCCAGAGCGCCCUGUCCCAGGCGGCCGCCGCCACCAUCGCCUCCAACCCCAACUCGGUCCAGAGCAACGCAGUUUCCACAGCACUGGGCUACAGAGCGACCAGCAAGCCCACAGACAUCCUAGAGUCCUUCCCCCUCAACAUAGACAACGGUGAUGCCACCAGCGACACGAGAGACAUCAAUGAUAACAGGAGUGAUGUGCACUGUGGCAUUGAAGCCGAGGACCCAAACAGACACUACAUCAUUCAGCAGGAGACCGCCGCAAGUUAA